AUGCUUAAUGAUAUAGGAAGGUUUGUUGUACAUGUAGCAAAAGCAAGCUAUGUCUUUUUUUUCUUGAAGGAGGAGGAAUACACAUUCGAGUACCCUUUAAUGAAUAGCUAUCGCUUGGCUGUUAGAUGUAGGCAAGCUAGUCGAGACAGAAGCACUAAAUCAAGUACAUUUAGUAUUUUAUUCAUGGAAUAUAUCGUACCAUCAUUGAGAAUUCAGUAUCAACAGGUAAACAUCUUCAGUGGAAGGUUUCAGGGACCAAAAAGCUUAAAAUUCUCCGAAGACAGAGAUCUUCAGGAACAACUCGGUAUAAAACGGCUUUUGGUUGAUCAAAGUGGGGAUCCAUUAAGAGUUGUAUCCACAGGAGACUGCAGAAAAUCAUUUGUUUUUCAAAAUAAUGGCGCAUGUCAUACUCAAGGCCGUUAUCGCACCGAUCUUGAAGGUUCGUCUAUUGAUAGGAGUAUUGAUUUCAAAAAGGUUAUCAGCGACAUACAAUGA